AAAAACUGUCCCAAUGAAAGCGAUUGUAACAAACAUUGUCAGCCUUUUACUAGUAGAAACUAGCACUGUUAUCCUACUUUCAACAAACACAUCAAGUUAUAUGUUGUGAAAUACUAGAAAAUGAAUUGUGUACCAAUUGUUUUCCACCAUAUAUAAGGACACAAUAUGAGUUAUUCAAGAAAGAUCCAAUCACAGGAGAAUCAUCAUCACUACCUAGGUAGCUUCAUUUUAGGGAGAAGAAUGGCCAACAACAAGGUUGUUAUCAGAGAGUUUGAUGAAGAUAGAGAUGUUAAGGUUGUAGGGAACCUUGAAAGAAACUGCGAGAUUGGAACUACUAAAAAGGGUUUCUCCAUUUUCACCAACAUCAUCACUGACCCUUUAUCUAGGAUUAGGCUCUAUCCCAUUCAUGUUAUGUUGGUUGCUGAGCUUGUUGAAUGUAGGGAGCUUGUUGGAGUUGUUAGAGGAUGCAUUAAAAGUGUGCAAACUUCCUCUGGAUCACUCUUCAAGAUGGGUUGCAUACUAGGCCUUAGAGUCUCUCCUACACACAGGAGAAAGGGGGUUGGACUAAAACUUGUGACCUCAAUUGAAGAAUGGAUGCUAAGAAAUGGUGCUGAUUAUGCAUUUCUAGCCACAGAAAAGAACAACAAUGCUUCCAAAAACCUAUUCACCAACAAAUGCAACUAUGUCAAUCUCAGUUCACUUAUCAUAUUUCUCCACCCAACUACUUUCCCUAUAACAAACCACAUUUCCAAGGAUAUCAAAAUAGACAAAAUAAAUAUAGACCAAGCAAUUUUGUUCUACACAAGACUCUUGAAAACCAAAGAUUUGUAUCCAUUAGACAUGGACAUUAUUCUCAAAGAGAAACUCAGUUUAGGAACUUGGGUUAGUUAUUACAAAGAUCAAGACUUCAAACUCAACGGCGCCGAAGACAUUCUUACCGAUAAAAUCACAACAAACUCGUCAUGGAUCAUUUUUAGUUUAUGGAACACUUGUGAAGCUGAUGAUAACAAUAACAACAACAAUAAUAAUAAAAAUAAUAAUAAUAACGUUCAAGAUGUUAAAACAAAGUUAUCUCAACCACUUAGGUUUCUUCAUGCGACAUUUAGUCAUGCAAAGGACAAAAUAUGUCCGUGUCUAAGAAUGUUGACGAAUGAGUCAUUAAUGUGUAAUAAUGAUAAUAACAGUUUCGGGUUUCUUUUUGUUUAUGGAGUUCAUGGAGAAGGAGAGAAUCUUGGAGGGUUAAUGGAAUCAGUAUGGAGGUUUACAUCAAGAAUAGGAGAAAAGUUAAAGGAAUGUAGAGUUGUGAUAACUGAAUUAGGGUUUGGUGAUCCAGUUAUAAACCAUGUUCCUCGAGUUGAUUCUAUGACUUGUGUUGACGAUAUGUGGUACACAAAAAGACUUGGAAAUCACAGUGAUGAUCAAGUGGCGGUGGAGGAGAUGAAGAGACAAUUAGGGAAUGUGUUUGUUGAUCCUAGAGAUUUUUAGUUAAGUUUAAUAUGUUUGUCUUUUUUCUUGAUGAUGAGAAUUUGUGUAAUAAGUGUAACUAGUACUUGCUCAUGUCUUUUCAAAUUUUGGAAUCAUUGAUGAUAAUAAAUGUAAACUUAUAAUAUUUUGUUGGUGAA